AUGGACGCUUCUGAGGACACAGAUGAGAAUCGAAUUUUCAUAGAGCGUUUUCUUCCGAGAUUCUCGGGUGUUCUGGCGGAACUUGAGCUACCAAACUCGACGCCACUGCACCAACAGCCGGGUACACCCUCUGGCGUGCUACAGCCACCGACGAUUCCCGGCUGGUCCGCUGGAAGCGUUCUCGUGAGCCAGCUUCGUCUGGUUGCACGCCGGCUUCCCAGCUCGGCGUCGGCUGCGUUUCACGUCGGGCUAUGCUACUUACGCCUUGGUGACCGGAAGGCCGCCCAGAGUUGGCUUGAGCUGGCCGCGCAGCGCCUCGGCUCCGCAGGGCGCAAGCAUUCGCUGUACUUUGGGGUGCUUCACGCGCUGUGGAUCACCACCCGGGGCCUAACGCGACUCGACGGGAAGAGUGGUACCUCAUUCUGGGACUGUAACGUCGAGGAAGACCAGGCCUGGCUAGAGCUAGACGCAGCCAGUCGCGUCCACCGGAUGCAGGAUAUCGUUGGGCGCGGUUGUGACGAUGCCGACCACUGGAACAACCUUGGCGUGGCGUUCACCCGCGAUGAACACUAUCUAACUGCCGCAGCAUGCUUUGAGCAGGCUAUUCUACGCGGAUGCACUGCACCUGCGCUGGGCAACUAUGCGCAGCUCAUGGCACUGUCGCCGCACGCGCGCACCAGACAUGAGCACGAGCGUCGACAAUGGCUGCAACUCCAGGCUGACAGCCGCCUGCCCUCGUUCGCGCUGCUGGAGGCCGUCUGUGAGACGCAGCUUUCGUCGGUCGCACAUGCGUCGACGGAAUCACCGGAAUCGCCCCUGUAUCCUUUCCUGGCCUUCACAUGGGGCGGUCUUGCGCUUUGGCACAGUCUCCGUAACGAGCACGUGCUAGCGCAUGCUGCUGCUUGUGUGUCGGUUAGUAGCUCGCCUGAUGAAUUCCAGGCGGAAUUUGCACUGCUCGCACGCAUUCUAACAGCGUAUGCAGACCUCUCCAGAGACGCGCUCCGGCAUUCGGAAAACGUCGACCGUCUGCGACGGGCGGCAUCCAGCCUCAAGCUGCUUUCUGAACGGGUGAGCCGGUGCACUGUGCUCCUGGAAGCAGCGCAAAUCGUUAUGGGUCUAUGCGCUCGACUUCGCAGCGAAUGCGGCGAUGAACAUGGACACUCUCGACUCGCUGAUAGUAGUGCUCGUCAUUACAGCCUGGCACUGGAGCGCCACCCAGACCAUGCAUCGAAUUGGAUUAGCCUGGCGCUGCUGCUGGUAGACAUCGGCGAGUACGCUGACGCUGUUGAUCUGCUGCUGCAGGCCUGGGAUCGCGAUCAGGAUAAUCCCGUAAUCUUGAACAACGUCGGUAUCGUGCUCGGUUUGUCAGGGCGCCCAGAAGAGGGCUGCCAUGCCCUGUGGCAGGCGCUGCAGCACGCGGGCGCAUUGCGGUGCCCGACGCUGUACGCUGCAAUUUGGACCAAUCUCGGAUCCCUUUACCGUCAGCGAGGGCACCAUAAUGAAGCGCUUCGUUGCUACAAGCAAGCGCUUGUGGCAGGCGGUGAGCAACCAUUCGUGUACAACAAUCUCGGCAUCCUGUUGCUCAUGAUGGACGCCACCCAAGAGGCCAAGGCGAUGUUCACGCGCGCUCUCGAACUCGACGCUCAGUACGAUUGCGCCCGCUCCAACUGGAGGCGAGUCGAUGAGCUCAUUCAGUGGAAGUCGCAGCGAGCAGCAGUCCCGACAUCGAAUUAG